AUGAAGUUCCUCGGUCUUCUCAACCUCGCUGCUCUGGUCAGCGCCGUCCCUACUCCUACCUUCCAGGAGGCCGGAAAGACUCUUGGGAAGCGAGCUGCCAUCACCGAUGCUGCCAACAUUGGUUACGCUACCCAGAACGGCGGUACUACCGGUGGUGCUGGUGGUGCUACCGUGACUGUCUCUUCUCUCGCCGAGUUCAGCAAGGCUGCUGAGUCGGAGGGCAAGCAGGUCAUCUACGUCAAGGGUCAGAUCUCUGGAAACAACAAGAUCCGCGUCAAGUCUAACAAGACCAUCGUCGGUGCUGCUGGUGCUUCUCUUGACAACAUUGGUCUUUACAUCAACAAGCAGAAGAACGUCAUUGUUCGCAACCUCAAGAUCAAGAACGUUGUUGCAGAUAACGGUGAUGCCAUCGGUAUCCAGAAGUCCACCAACGUCUGGGUCGACCACUGUGAGCUGUCCUCUGACUUGUCCAAGGACAAGGACUUCUACGACGGUCUCCUCGAUGUCACCCACGCCUCCGACUUCGUCACCGUGUCCAACACCCACUUCCACGACCACCACAAGGCCUCUCUCGUCGGCCACUCCGACAGCAACGGUUCCGAGGACAAGGGUACUCUCCACGUCACCUACGCCAACAACCACUGGUCCAGCAUUGGAUCCCGCGCUCCCUCUGUCCGCUUCGGUUUCGUCCACGUCUUCAACAACUACUACGAGGAUAUCAGCGUGACUGGUGUCAACUCCCGCAUGGGUGCCCAGGUUCUUGUUGAGUCUACCACCUUCUCUAGCGCCAAGAAGGCUCUCACCUCCAAGGACUCCAAGGAGACUGGUACCAUCUCUGUCAACGAUGUCAACCUGGGCGUUUCCACCAACGAUGCUCCCAAGGGCUCCAUCUCCAAGUCCAACAUCCCCUACCAGUACUCACUUGUCGGCUCCUCCAAGGUCAAGUCGGCUGUUGUUGGUGUUGCUGGUGCCACUCUUAAGCUGUAA